AUGGCGAGAAUCCACGCUUCUUCAUCGACCACUCAGCAGUCCAAUUCCCCAGCAGCAGCCCUAGUGGCGGAGCCUCAGGUAGCUUCCCAGGUUCAAGUUCCAGUGGUUCAGCCAGUCGUGGCAGGUCAGCCGGGUCAGUCUCAGUUUCCUCAGCUUCAGCAUUCGCGUAGAUGCUAUGAGUGUGGUGAGCAUGGUCACCUCAGGAGGGCUUGCCCGAGGUUGAGGGGUGCUCAGCUGCAGCAGUCGAGGUCUUGCCACGCUUGUGGUGACCCGAGGCACAUUGUCAGAUUUUGCCCUCGAGCUUCGAGCAGCUUUCAGCAUCAGAGUGCUCAUACUAGGAUUCAGGCACCAGAGAUGGCGAGAAUCCGCGCUUCUUCAUCUACCACUCAGCAGUCCGAGUCCCCUGUAGCAGCCCGAGUGGCGGAGCCUCAGGUAGCUUCCCAGGUUCAGGUUCUAGUGGUUCAGCCAGUCGUGGCAGGUCAGCUGGGUAUAGUUGCUCAGACCGGGAGUGGCCAUUCACAAGGUGGCCAUUCAGGUCGACAGGGUCAGUCUCAGUUUCCUCAGCUUCAGCAUUCGUGUGGUGAGCAUGGUCACCUCAGGAGGGCUUGCCCGAGGUUGAGGGGUGCUCAGCUGCAGCAGUCGAGGUCUUGCCACGCUUGUGGUGACCCGAGGCACAUU